GAGGACUAGUUCUACCAAGGCGAAUUGGCGAAGAUACCCAGUUUUGAAUAAUCUUGAAAAAAGAAUGUCCUAAAUCUCCUAAUUCCUAAACUCCUAAUUUAUCUAUACUUGAGUGUAUCCUUGCUAAUGCAUGGGAAUAAUAAUAUAAAAAAUGUGAAAGUUUUUUUUUUUUUUUUUUUAAUUUUGAAGAGUUAUUGGGGAGAAGUUAGGGAAAAAAAUUGUAAAAUUAUACAAGUACUUCCUAAUAUACGAAGUAGAUUUUACAUUUUAUUUUAAAAAAGAACCUUUUAAAUUUUUAUUUUGGUGCAAACAUUUGAAAAAUCUUAAUUCACAGUCUACUUGUAAAUUUUAGACAGUCGAGUAUUCUCACUCUUCCCGCUGAAAACCCCCUAUUUUGCUGCACACUACAGGCCCCUUGCUUCAGCCAUUUUCUUCCGAAAUUUCAAGCAAGAUGAUGAAAUUAGCCACCAUUUUCAAGUCCAGGGGCAAUGUUCCUGGACAACUCCUCAAACGGAGUAAUCUUACACAAGAUGUCUUUUGCUUGCACGCUUUGAUGGGCUGUGCUGGCAUGUCUACAGUUGGACAAAAGACUUUUACCAAUGAUCGCAUUUUUGCACCAUACUAUGUGUACAAGGGAAAAGCGGCAUUCUCUGCUGAACCCAUUCCUCCAAAAUUUUGUAAAGUUGAUUCUGGUAUCAGAGUUAAGCGUCAAGGAUUUAUUAUGAUGUCCUUUUCUCCUUCUGUGGGAGAGCGCAAGUACGACUGGCAGAGGAAGCAGAUGUUUGCAUUGUCACCCACUGAGGUUGGCUCUUUGAUUGCGUUGGGUCCUAAUGGUUCUUGUGAUUUUUUCCAUGAUCCUGCUAUGCAGACAAGUAAUGCUGGCCAAGUGCGAAAGAGCUUAUCAAUUAAACCAAGUCCAGACGGUACUGGUUAUUUCAUGUCUUUGAGUGUUACCAAUAAUAUCACGAAGACCAAUGAGCGCUUUUCUGUUCCUGUGACAAGUGCUGAAUUUGCUGUCAUGCGCACGUCAUUCAGUUUUGCGUUGCCUCACAUCAUGGGUUGGGAUCGAUACUCUAGCCAGCCGCCCGUUUUUAAGGAGGAGAAUGCAACGAAAGUUGGUCUGCGGAGCAUGGAUUCAGAAUGGGACAGAUGAACUGAGACACAACAAACUAAUGAACAUAGGACUUGUUUGGACUGUAUUAAUCGAAUUUUCAUUUUGUAAGGAAGGCCUUUUGCCAACUCCAUGAUGAUUAGGAAGUUAUCCUAGGAUGCCAGUAUAUGUAAUAUAGUACAUAAUUUCCUUGCAAUAUUCAAAGAGCCUGAAUUUGGUAUGGGGUUAGUUGUAUGCUUCUUGUGCUUCUUUGAGUUUUGUUGCCCAAAACCUGGGGUGUGUAUGGAAGGUACAUGACUUGCGAAAUUAAGUCAAAGGACUUAUAAUCCAUUUGUUCCACCCUUUUUUUUUUUU